UUUUACUGGCAAUCAAUUCGUCAAAUUUUGGCAUGGUUGAUCUUUACGGGACCGAGUGAAAUAAAACCGUUUUGUGGAUUAUUAAUAUGAAAAUGGAGUGGAAACCUGAACAAGAAGGACUCAGACAAAUAUUGACUCUUUUGAAAGAGUCACAAUCACCAGAUACAGCGACCCAAAGAGCUGUUCAACAAAAAUUGGAGGAGCUGAACAAGUACCCCGACUUCAACAAUUACUUGAUAUUUGUUUUGACUAAAUUAGAUAAUGAAGAAGAGCCAACUAGGUCACUGAGUGGUCUGAUUCUAAAAAAUAAUGUAAAGUCCCACUAUAACAGCUUUUUACCUGAAGUGGCAGAGUUCAUAAAGCGAGAAUGUCUGUCAGCAGUAGGGGACCCAUCUCCUCUAAUUCGUGCAACCGUUGGCAUCAUUAUCACCACUAUCGCCAGCAAAGGCGAACUAACCUCAUGGCCGGAACUUUUGCCAGCCUUGUGUCAAAUGCUUGAUUCACAAGACUAUAAUGUCUGUGAGGGAGCAUUUGGAGCACUGCAAAAAAUAUGUGAAGAUACAGCAGAACUACUGGACAGUGAUGCAUUAAACAGGCCACUAAAUGUUUUAAUACCAAAAUUCUUACAAUUCUUUAGGCACAAUUCUCCAAAAAUCAGAUGUCAUGCUAUUGCUUGUGUCAAUUACUUCAUUUUGGGAAGGACACAAGCUCUCAUGCUGCAUAUUGAUUCAUUCAUUGAGAAUUUAUUCAACCUGGCCGCAGAUGAGGAUCCUGAUGUUAGAAAAAAUGUUUGCCAUGCACUGGUGUUGCUUCUGGAAGUCCGAUUGGACAGGCUUAUACCACAUCUACCCAACAUAAUUGAGUAUAUGUUAGUACGCACACAAGAUGCUGAAGAAGCUGUGGCCCUGGAAGCAUGUGAGUUCUGGCUAUCUCUCGCAGAGCAAAAUGUUUGUCGAGAGGUGCUAGGUCCGCGGCUGCAAGCGCUGCUGCCGGUGCUGGUGCACGGCAUGCGGUACUCGGAGAUGGACGUGAUCCUUCUGCGCGGCGACCGCGACGACGACGCGGACGACGCUGAGCCCGACCGCGAGUCCGACAUUCGACCGCGCUUCCACAAGCCUAGGUCGCACACCAUGAAGCAUAAUGCGGGGGCGGGCGACAGCAACAUGUCGGGCGGGGCGGAGUCGGACUCUGAGUCGGAAGGCGCGGACGCGGACGACGGGUCGCUGUCGGACUGGAACCUGCGCAAGUGCAGCGCGGCCGCGCUCGACGUCCUCGCCAACGUGUUCGGCGCGGAUCUGCUGCCCGUGCUCUUCCCCAUUCUCAAGGAGACGCUCUUCCACGACAACUGGGUCAUCAAGGAGAGCGGCAUCCUAGCGCUGGGCGCGGUGGCGGACGGCUGCAUGGGCGGCAUGGUGCCGCACCUGCCGGACCUGGUGCCGUACCUGGUGUGCUGCUUGGGCGAGCGCAAGGCGCUGGUGCGCGCCAUCACGUGCUGGACGCUGUCGCGCUACUCGCACUGGAUCGUGUCGCAGUCGCACGACCACUAUCUGCGCCCCGUCAUGGCCGAGCUGUUAAAGCGCGUGUUGGACAACAACAAGCGCGUGCAAGAAGCUGCUUGUAGUGCGUUCGCCACCCUUGAAGAAGAGGCUUGCACAGAACUGGUGCCUUACCUCGGCCACAUUCUGCAGACUCUCGUUUAUGCGUUCAGCAAAUACCAGCACAAGAACCUACUCAUACUGUAUGAUGCCAUCGGCACCUUAGCCGACUCAGUGGGACACCACCUCAAUAAGCAGGAGUACAUCAACCUGCUGAUGCCCCCACUCAUUACCAAGUGGAAUGUAUUGAAGGAUGAAGAUAAGGAUCUCUUCCCACUACUCGAGUGUCUCUCAUCUGUGGCUACUGCUCUACAAUCCGGCUUCUUACCCUACUGCGAGCCUGUGUUCAGGAGAUGCGUGUCUUUAAUAGAACAGACAUUAAACCAGAAUAUUGCCAACAGUCAGAGUCCGGAGCAGUUCGAGGCGCCGGACAAGGACUUCAUGAUCGUAGCGCUGGACCUGCUCAGCGGACUCACCGAGGGGCUCGACGGACACAUCGACCACCUCGUGCUCAACUCCAACCUCAUGCAGCUGCUCUACCAGUGCAUGCAAGAUCCUAUGCCAGAGGUGCGGCAGUCGUCGUUCGCGCUGCUGGGCGACCUGACGAAGGCGUGCUUCCAGCACGUGCACCCCUACAUCCCCGAGUUCCUGCCCAUCCUCGGCAUGAACCUCAACCCCGAGCUCAUCUCCGUCUGCAACAACGCCACCUGGGCCAUUGGCGAGAUCAGCAUCAAAUUAGGACCUGAUACGUCAAAAUAUAUUCCCUUGGUACUGAAUCAUUUAGUUGAUAUCAUCAACAGGCCUAACACACCAAAAACACUACUUGAAAACACAGCGAUUACUAUCGGUCGGCUAGGUUAUGUGUGCCCCCACGACGUCGCACCCGUUUUACAUCAAUUUGUACGCCAGUGGUGCGCAUCGCUGCGGAACAUCCGCGACAACGACGAGAAGGACUCCGCGUUCCGCGGGAUCUGCCAGAUGAUCCAGGUGAACCCGGCGGGCGUGGUGCCCGACUUCAUGUUCUUCUGCGACGCCGUGGCAUCCUGGACCAACCCCAAGGACGACCUGAAGGAGAUGUUCACCAAGAUCCUGCACGGCUUCAAGAACCAGGUCGGCGACGACAACUGGCGCCGCUUCACCGACCAGUUCCCGGUGCAGCUCAGCGCGCGCCUCUCGGCCAUGUGCGGCAUAUAGACACGAUUACUUUCUUUAUGGGGAAUCAAUGUCAGCACGGGUCGGGACGACAUUGCGCGUAGGGACUCGCGGUCAUCAUGUGCCAACACAGCUCAACGGGCCGCGGGCGGCCGGCGAAUGUUUGCCCAACGCUCGCUCGCGGGCUCUCGUAGGUUGUGAUUGUGACACGCGAUCAAUUCGGCUUUGGACUCAGCGGCGGGCUACAGUGACGUCAUGCGUCACUAGGGUGCUAGGCUUACGUACUCGUUUGUGUAUUCAAUGUCGCACGUUGCAUGCUUACGUGCCGUUCGUUUUCGUUAACGGAAUGAGUGUUAACACGAGCCUGUAGUCGUAGUUUCACCGUUGUUUUAACCAGGUGACAUAAUGAAAUAGAUGUGGUCGAGUAUUUACUAUAAUUGCAUGAAAAUUAGUAAUAGUUAUAGAUUGUAACGCUGAAGACGAGACGAUUGUAUUUCAUCAAUUUGUUUUUUCCGAAAAGAUCAAAUUUUCUGAAUUGUUGACAAAAUUUGUAUUUUGUAAUGGUUAGUCGAUAGUCUUAAACUGUACAUCGAAUCAGUCUCACAAUCUCAUCGCGUCGUGCGUCACCAUUGCACUAGCAUUCACGGUUGAUACUUAAUAUUGUUGUAAUGCAUAGUGACACGUCCAUCGACGAGUGAUCAGUACGUUCCAAGACUGUAGAUUCCAGUACACGUUUGCGAGUAUCUUAUUCGCAGGUUGUAUCAGUUUAGUUCGUAGUGCCUGAGAGCAAAUUCUUACAAUGCUCAGCAACAUUCACCUAUGUUUAUUUUUAAAACUUUACUAAUAUCAAUGCAAAUUUUGGAAUUGAGAUAUUUUUUGUUUUCUAUUCAUUUUUGGCAACUUUUUUCAAAAAGCAUUUAUUUAUAAUCGCAUCUUCACUUCAAAUAUUUUAGUAGAUAUUUUAAAUUGAUGUGUUAACUAUUAUUUUAUGUAAAUUACAAGACUUAGUGAAAUCGAGAAUUUAUGUCAACUGUGAUUUGUGACUGGUUUAUUUUGACUAAUAUAUGUGUAUGAGUAUAUUUCUGUGUCAGUGUAGAUAUAAUAUACAGCUUUGAUAGAUUUUAUGACGGCUAGAUUUCUGCUAUUAUAAUAUACCAAAUAGUAUUUUUACGUUGUAUAUUGUUUUAAUGGAUUUGUAUGUUUGUGUUAGUCGAACAUGUCGGCAACGAAGUUCUCUAGCCCCUGAAACGAGGAGUAGUAAGGAGGACGAUACACUGAGGAGUACAUCUCGACCUCAACCGUCCUCCGUCUCAGUCAGUCUCCAACCUCUUUGCCGAUAUUUUGGACAAACUUAUAUGAUUGAUAUAAAGUACUAUUUACGUGUAUAUUAAAUGAAAGUAAUAUUAUGUAUAUGUAAAUACAUAUUGCGAUGUAUAUUAUUAUAUUAUGCAAGUAAAAUUGUUAUUUUUUGUUUUAAAAAAGCUAAAAGUCUGACUUUAACCACUUGUUGAUGUCAUUACAUUAUAUUGUUCAGAAAACGGGGUUCUGAUAUAGUUGGGUGUUGAUUUUACGAUUCGCGUUAGAUAUGCAGUGGAUAUUCAAUUUUGGGGAAUAAAUUAGCAACUUCUAACAUUCCGUUGGAGAAAAAAUAAUUUUGGGCUUUUUCACAAUUUAUAUAAUUUUAUUUUUUCUUAAUAUUUAUUGCAUAUCGCAAAAUUUGCGUUCCUUACACGUAGCUAGUAUAACAUAUGUUCGACGUGUCUCCUCCCGUAUUCCUGUAAUCCCAGUCAGUUCCUAUCCCAAAUCCUAUCUAGUCCCAAUCCUUGUCAUGUGCCAACGAAGCCCAGACAAUGCUUGGAUGAAUGCCCGCCCUUGUUCCCGGAUCAAAGGGUGGUUUAAUUUUAAUAUUGUUGUUAUGAAACUUUCGGUAUUAUCUCAGUACUCGGUACCCGUAAACAAAUUGAAAAUUAUUGGGUAUCUAUAGCAAACGCCUCCCAUACUAUUUGAGAAACAUUAUUUUUUAAGUAGAAUUCAUUUUUAUACAUGAUGCGGGUGGCCUCAUUAUUUAUUUUAAGGUCAGUAGAUUUUAUUAUUAUAAUUUUGUAUUGUAGUUUGUUUUCCUAAAAAGAAACCGUGAUAAUAGUUUAUUAAGUGUUCGCAUGCGUGUGUGAGUGAGGCGGCAUUCGUGAGGCACUCCCUUCCUCGAGGCAAAGGAAUUAUUUAAUAGUUUGUUAGUGCGGACGAACAUUUGUGAUGUGUUGUCGAUAUAUUGUAGGUUGUUUACGAGGAAUACUUAUACACAGUCCGAUUAACACUUACGUUUCUGAAUUGGGGCGUUCUGCGGCUGGAAUUAGCACAAUCGUUGAUGCUAUUAUUUUUUGAAAGUUUGUUAUGACGCCAUGGAAUAGUAGAUUCGUAACAUUUUUUAUUUUUAACGAUAUUUUUCAUUGAUUUUUUUUAAACUAUGUUCCCUACAAAAUAAGAAAAGGGAUGAAUGUUUUUUUUUCUGAAAACAUAGGAACAUAGUUUAGGCGUUUCUGUUACAUGAUACUCUAUAAAAUUUUCGGAUCCCAUUUCUGAAACGUUUUUGCUAAUUGGACUGAAUUAUAAGGUAAUCAUUUUUUGUUGAAGUUUAACUACGCAUUAUACACGUAUUUAUGUACCGUAUUUAUAAUGUAUGCGUCCAUCAUUUAAUAUUUAUUUAUUUAGUUGAAGCGCUUACCUAUUCGAAAACUACAUUAGACAUACUUUUACAGUCUUUUCGCAGAAUAAUUUUCAUUUAAUUGUAAACCUUUCAGGCGUUGCGCAAAUGCAGAGACUAGUAUGGGAUGAGGAUGGAGAAUCCGAAAGUAUUUUUGUCAAACUAAAUUUGUAAACAUAGAUUCACCGACGACGCAAUUUUACAGUUGUUUGCUUUUAAAAUAGGAAGCAAUUAUAAUAUAUAACACAUAAUUUUGUAUUGCCGGGCGAUUCUAUUUAAAGCCGGUGCACGCAGCAUGCACAUGCAGCACAGAUUGUUGUAUAGUUGCUGGAUCGGACUUUGGAAUCAUUAGUAGCAUUUGUAUUAAUUUUAUAUAGAAUUAACUAAACUCGUGUCUUAAUUUGUGCAACGCCUUGUCUUAUUGAGGUUUAUUUUGAUAUACUUUUCACAUAUUCACAACAAUCUCCAUAAGAUUAUUUAUCUUUCUUAUAAUUUAAAUUUUAUUUAUCAUAAAAAGUGAAAUUAUACAUUUAUUUCUAUUGUCCAAUGAAACAAAUAAUUGAAUAUAAAUUAUGUAUUAUUUUAUAACUCCAGUACUAUUUACAAGUCACUUAUCUUCUAAAAUAUCAUUAUAUUGGUUAAUAAAAAAAUAUAUGUAGACUAAGAUCCGGUAUGAAAUUGUUGUAUCAUUGUACGUUAUCUGAUUGCGCAAAUUAUACUUAAGAAUUUGAUUCAUGAAUUACCUAUUCUGUGUUCUAACAAAGUGAGUACAGAGUGAACUGUAAAAUAUAAUAUUUAAUAAACACUGAGCUCAACUCUACCUCCUUUUGGCCUAAAUUUUAGGCAUAGAUUCAAAACAAAUUAUACCUUUAUAAAGAUAUUUACAAAACCUAUACUUAUUGCCAAACUGUCUGUACUCACUUUUCCAGUAGAUCCACAUUUUGGAACACCGAUAUUUACGAUGAUCUUGUAACAACUAUUCAGUAUAUAAGUUGGUUGGUUGUAAAACAAUGACCUCACAAUAGACAUUCUUUUUACCAUACAUUUCGUUAAUAAAGCACUCAUUGUUCGA